UUGGUGCGGCAGCUAAGGGAGGGGAAGCCAUUUUCCGUUCGUAGGAAGAGUGCGGGUCAGGGGAGGGAGUAAAGGGGCUCAGCGCCUCCCUGCCUGGCGUGGACGACGGGCAGCUUCAGCGGGCAGGUGAGGUCGCUGAGGGCCCAAAGGAGAUGUUUUCCCUUUCGAGCACGGUGCAGCCCCAGGUUACAGUUCCUUUGAGUCAUCUCAUCAAUGCCUUCCAUUCUCCAAAAAGCACAUCAUCUGUCAGUGCAUCAGUUUCUCAAAACCAGCAUCGAGAUGUGAAUCCUGAACAUGAGGCUCCCAGCAAUGAGCCUAUGCUUAACUUAGGGGACCUUGGAUUAUCUGAAUUAAAAAUUGGACAGAUUGAUCAAUUGGUAGACAGUCUUCUUCCUGGAAUUUGUAAAGGCAAAAACAUUUCUUCCCAUUGGCAUACAUCUCAUGUCUCUGCACAGUCCUUCUUUGAAAAUAAAUAUGGUUACAUAGAUGUAUUUAGUACUUUACGUUCCUCUUGCCUGAACAGACAACAUUCAAGAACUCUGAAGAACAUUUGUUCAGAUCUUCAGUACUGGCCAGUUUUCAUACAGUCUCGGAGUUUUAAAACGUUAAAAUCAAGAACACGACGUCUACAGUCCACCUCUGAAAGAUUAGCAGAAACACAGUAUAUAGCACCAUCAUUUGUGAAGGGAUUUCUUUUGUGGGACAGGGGAUCAGAUGUUGAGACUUUGGACAAACUCAUGAAAACCAAAAACAUACCUGCAGCUCACCAAGAUGCAUUUAAAACUGGUUUUGCAGAGGGUUUUCUAAAAGCUCAAGCACUAACACAAAAAACCAAUGAUUCUCUAAGACGAACUCGUCUGAUUCUAUUUGUUUUGCUGCUAUUUGGCAUUUAUGGACUUUUAAAAAACCCAUUUUUAUCUGUCCGCUUCCGGACGACAACAGGGCUUGAUUCUGCAGUAGAUCCUGUCCAGAUGAAAAAUGUCACCUUUGAGCAUGUUAAAGGAGUGGAAGAAGCUAAACAAGAGUUACAGGAAGUUGUGGAAUUCUUGAAAAAUCCACAAAAAUUUACAGUGCUUGGAGGCAAACUUCCAAAAGGAAUUCUUUUAGUUGGACCACCAGGAACAGGAAAAACACUUCUUGCCCAGGCUGUAGCUGGAGAAGCUGAUGUUCCUUUUUAUUAUGCUUCUGGAUCAGAAUUUGAUGAGAUGUUCGUGGGUGUGGGAGCCAGCCGCAUAAGAAAUCUUUUUAGGGAAGCAAAAGCAAAUGCUCCUUGUGUUAUAUUCAUUGAUGAAUUAGAUUCUGUUGGUGGGAAACGAAUUGAAUCUCCAAUGCAUCCAUAUUCAAGGCAGACUAUAAAUCAACUUCUUGCUAAAAUGGAUGGUUUUAAACCCAAUGAAGGAGUUAUCAUCAUAGGAGCCACAAACUUCCCAGAAGCAUUAGAUAAUGCUUUAAUUCGUCCUGGUCGUUUUGACAUGCAGGUUACAGUUCCAAGGCCAGAUGUAAGAGGUCGAACAGAAAUUUUGAAAUGGUAUCUCAAUAAAAUAAAAUUUGAUCAGUCUGUUGAUUCAGAAAUCAUAGCUCGAGGUACAGUUGGCUUCUCUGGAGCAGAGUUGGAGAAUCUUGUGAACCAAGCUGCUUUAAAGGCAGCUGUUGAUGGAAAAGAAAUGGUUACCAUGAAAGAACUUGAGUUUUCCAAAGAUAAAAUUUUAAUGGGGCCUGAACGUAGAAGUGUGGAAAUAGAUAACAAAAACAAAACCAUCACUGCAUAUCAUGAAUCUGGCCAUGCUAUUAUUGCAUAUUACACUAAAGAUGCAAUGCCUAUCAACAAAGCUACGAUCAUGCCUCGAGGGCCAACACUUGGGUAUGUGUCCCUGUUGCCUGAGAAUGACAGGUGGAAUGAAACCAGGGCUCAGCUGCUUGCACAAAUGGAUGUUAGUAUGGGAGGAAGAGUGGCAGAGGAGCUUAUAUUUGGGACUGACCAUAUUACAACAGGUGCUUCCAGUGAUUUCGAUAAUGCAACUAAAAUAGCAAAGUGGAUGGUUACCAAAUUUGGAAUGAGUGAAAAGCUUGGAGUUAUGACCUACAGUGAUACAGGGAAACUAAGUCCAGAAACACAAUCAGCUAUUGAACAAGAAAUCAGAAUCCUUCUGAAGGACUCCUAUGAACGAGCAAAACAUAUCUUGAAGACUCAUGCAAAAGAGCACAAGAAUUUAGCAGAAGCUUUAUUGACCUAUGAGACUUUGGAUGCCAAAGAGAUUCAAAUUGUUCUUGAGGGGAAGAAAUUGGAAUUGAGGUGAUCUCUCUUGAAAUGAGUCCGUUGCUGGUUUUACUGCAAGAAUAUAAGUAGCAUUGCAGUACUCUCCUUUUGCAACACUUCUCUCCCAUUCUUGACCUGGUAUCAUUCAAGGGUGUGAAACACUGUCAACCUUUUGUCACAUUUAUCUACUUUUGGUUAUUCUCAUGAUGACACCUAUUGCAAAUUAGCAAUCUAUAGCAACUAUGUUAAAGAAAAUAAAGAACUAUCAGGAUUGAAACAGUUUGUUUGAGAAAUGUCCAUCAGUUAUUUAGUUGCACAUAAAUAAUGAUUUUAUGGUGGGUUAUUCUACUAGAUGUGAAUAAAAUUGUGCCUUGAGCUCCUUGGAAGUCUUCUUACUUAGAAAAAAUGAUAUUGUUGAAGAAUUAUCCUCAUUUCUAGGUAGUACCAUUGAUCUUUAAUAAAGAAAUGAAGCUUUUUGGCUGCUGGUAAACCAUAUUUCUACAUACAUCUGUGGAAACUCCAUUAAGAUACACUUAAUUAUGCUCCAGAUUGUCCACAUAUAAAAUUGUAUUUUUUAAAAAAUCUUAAAAAGAGUGAAUUGUAAAUGUAAAGGUACAAUCAGAAUUUAAUUGAUUAUAAACUUUUAAAAAUGU